AUGGCCCUUGAGAACUGCACUGUGUUUGCGGACUUCAUUCUCUUAGGACUCUCUGGCAGACAGGAUGUGCAGCAGGGGCUCUUCGCGCUCUUCCUGCUGGUUUAUGGCAUCACGGUGAUCGCCAAUCUAGGGAUGAUCCUGCUGAUCAACGUGGACCCCCGACUCCACACGCCCAUGUAUUACUUCCUGAGCAAUCUGUCUUUCAGUGAUAUCUGCUACUCCUCCGCUGUCUCUCCCAAGAUGCUGGCUGAUUUCUUAUCUGAGCAAAAGAGGAUUGCAUAUCAUUUAUGUGCUGUUCAGAUGUUUGCUUUUGGUGUCUUUGCAGAUGUGGAAUGUGUCAUGCUGUCUGUCAUGGCGUAUGACCGCUACGUAGCCAUUUGUAAUCCACUGCUUUAUACAACAACCAUGUCCAGAAAAGUCUGUGCCCAGCUAGUGGCCAUUGUGUACAUCCAAAGUUUGUUGUAUUCUUCAGUCUUUACCUAUUACACAAUUCAAUUGUCAUUCUGUAAUUCCAAUGUCAUCAAUCACUUUUUCUGUGACAUCCCACCGUUACUAGCCCUCUCCACCUCUGACACCACCAUCAAUGAGAUAGUGAUGUUCACUUACAGUAGCUGUGUUCUGGGGACCAGCAUCGUCACUGUCCUCCUCUCCUACAGCUACAUCAUAACUACCAUCCUGCGAAUGAAAUCAGCCAAGGGCAGACACAAAGCCUUCUCUACCUGUGCCUCCCACUUAACCGCUGUGGCUAUAUUUUAUGGGACACUCUUGUUCAUGUAUUUCCGACCCAGCUCGAGUUACUCCAUGGACACAGACAAAGUGGCCUCUGUUUUCUACACAGUUGUCAUUCCCAUGUUAAACCCACUGAUCUACAGCUUAAGGAAUAGGGACGUGAAAGAUGCCCUGAAAAAAGCAGUUGGCACUAAAUUAUGUCUGAUUGAAGCCAUGAUUUCACCCAAAGUACUUAUUUCAAGAUCCUGA